UGGGUUGUGUAUGUGUUUGGCCUAAGGACCAAAACAGAUUUUCUAAAACUUCAGGGACACAAUUGAGUUAAAAACUCUUUAACAAUUACAGAGCACUGCCCGCCGACGGUUGUUUGCUUGCGCCUGGACAAAUACUGCAGAGCUGAGAAUCGCUUUCAGUUUUACCAUAAAUUCUUGGCAAUAGCUAGUUGAUGGAGUCGGAAGUUUCUAGAAAUCCAUGGCGAGUGCUGGAGUUCUACAGUGGAAUUGGUGGCUUGCGGUAUUCUCUGCUCAAAGCCGCCGUCGACGCCACUGUUGUAGAAGCUUUCGACAUAAACGACGUCGCUAAUGAUGUUUACCAGCACAACUUCGGUCACCGGCCUUUUCAGGGUAACAUUCAGACUCUGAAUGCCGCUGAUCUUGACGGCUACAAUGCUGAUGCUUGGUUACUUUCUCCUCCUUGUCAGCCAUAUACUCGACAAGGACUCCAGAAAGGUUCUAGUGAUGCACGUGCAUCAUCAUUUCUUAAAAUUCUGGAACUUGUACCACAGUUAUUACGUCCUCCAUCAUAUCUUUUUGUGGAAAAUGUUGUAGGAUUUGAGACUUCUGAUACCCAUGCAAUAUUGGUUGAUAUAUUGGAAAAGAAUAAUUUUGUUACACAAGAAUUUAUUUUGAGUCCACUGCAAUUUGGACUGCCAUAUUCUCGGCCUCGUUAUUAUUGCUUGGCCAAGAGGAAACCUUUAUCGUUUGAAGUCCCUGAAUUUAACUGUCAGCUUCUUCGAACCCCUGGUCCUUUACUUGGGCAGACUGAAAGCACAAUGGAAAAGGAACUGCUGCUGUCACCAGAGUACUGGGAUGAGCUGCUUCAAGCUUGUCAACCUGUAGAUGAUUUUCUUGUAUUCAAAACUUUUGGUAAUCGGAAGGACUCAUCAACUUAUUCUUUCCAUGCUAAUGAUUCUGUAAAAUCAGAUAGAAUUGAUGAGGAAAAUGAUGUGUGCUUUGUUCCAUCAAGCCUGAUUGAAAGAUGGGGAAGUGCCAUGGAUAUUGUUUAUCCUCAUUCAAAGCGUUGCUGUUGUUUUACAAAAAGCUAUUACAGAUAUGUGAAGGGUACUGGCUCCCUGUUGGCAACUGCCGAGGCAACUUUCCAGGAAAAACCAGAGAAUAGAACGCCUUCACUGCAGGAUCUGUCUCUCAGAUACUUCACACCUAGGGAGGUUGCGAAUUUGCAUUCUUUUCCAGAAGACUUCCAGUUUCCACAACACAUCAGUCUUCGCCAACGUUAUGCAAUGCUAGGAAACAGUUUAAGUGUGGGAGUGGUUGCUCCACUGCUUCAAUAUCUCUUCAUCAACCAUUCAUGAUUAUGAUUAUGCUAUUAUCUGAACCUCCAUCUGCACAAGUUUUGCUGCAUAAAAAUUCACAUCCAACAGUUUUUCCCCUGAACCUGAUGGUCUAGUAGAUGAUGGAUGCACUCAAAAAAAAAACAGUGCUGACACGAUGAUGCAGAAGAACAAUCUGUAACCAGCAUUUCUAUGACUUGAUCCUAGCGAGAGGGUUGUGUUUCCACUCCAGCAAAUCGCGUUAAAGAGAGAUAUAUGGGAUGCCCCUUCUGCAUUCUGCAUAUUGGCUGUAUAGAAUGGUUCUCAGCUGCACUCACAAUAUCUUUUGAAUUGUGUGUAAUUGGAGCCAUUGCCAACCGCAAGAGGUGCUUGCCUAAUUUCAUCUCUAAGAUCUAUCAAAAGAGCUCAAGGUUGGGAAAAAAGCAAAACAUUUGAAAUUAAGUAGAAGUAGAUUUCAUUAAUCCUCCUUGAUUGAACAGGUUAAAGUGAUGUUUAUUACUCAAUAUUGUAAUUUUAAAAAGCACUUGAGAAAUAUCUGUAGCAUGCAAAAAUAGAUGUCUAGAAAUAUUGCAGUCAAAAAUUGUAUUUGAUUUCGUCUUCUUUUUU